UUGUGAUCUGUUACAAUGAAACAUGAUGGAAAUAUGAUUUUGAUAUUUUUUGCCUUGAGUAAUAGACUCUAUAAUAAUAGUAAUAAGGGUAAUUGGCAGAUUUUAUUUGAUGUAUUAUAGGCUAUAAUAAGUGUGAGACUGACCACAAAUUUGGGGUUUCACUGACGAAUGACAAGAUUUUGGUAUGAUUGAUACAGGUAUUACAUUAUAAUACAAACAUGGCUGCUGCUUUACCACCAGAACUACCAUCAAAUCAUCCUCAUGAAUUAAUGAAGAAAAUGGCUUGGUUACCAGAUGAAAUAAGGCAACUCUUAUAUUUUCAUCAUUAUAUUAAAGAUAGCGAUCAGGCUACCAAGCUGGUCAAACAACAGGGUAGUAAGGCUGGAUCUUUUUUACUUCGUCUUAGUUCAAAGGGAGAGAACUUUCUGGCUUUAUCUGUCAGUAUUGGUAAUCAACAUGUACAUCAUAUCAAGAUUGUUGUCUGUAAAAGACCUAGAUUAUCCUACUAUGUAGUACCAGAAAUGCCAUUUCAAAGCUUUAGAGAAUUACAAGAAUACUAUUCUGUACAUCGCAUUGGAAAUUUGGAAAAGAUUGACAAUGUAAAGCUUCUGUAUCCGAUAAAUAGACGGGAAAGAACAGCAAGUCUACCAGAAAGCGUUAACAUAGAUUUACUCAACAGACGCAACAAGUUCGCUUCUAACCGUCAAAUAUCUCAACCAAACUUACAAAAGACAACGCUAAAUGGUAGUAAUUCUUCUAUGAACAGUCAGGGUAGUUCCAACAGAAGUUCUGGGAACAGUCAUGUGAGUUUUGCCAGAAAUUCUGGGGCUAGUAUUUCGGAGGAUCAGGUGGGUUUUCGUCCACCCUUACCCCUCCCUCCAAGACCUACUGGAGAUUUAGAUCCAUAUUACUCAAGACCUAAAGAUGAAAAUCAAGACAGGGUCCAUGAAUUAAAAGAAUACUUAAAGAACUCUGAAAAGUGUGAUUGUGGACUUUUGCUAUCACAUGCAGAUUUGGGAGGUGGUUGGGCUGUUCACAAAAGUCGUGAAUCUUUAACUUUUGGUCGCCUAUUCUAUCAAAAUCAAAAUGGACAAACAACGUGGAGUCUCCCAGAAAAUAUUAUUUGUAAACUUACGCCACCAAAAAUCGACUAUUUGCGUCAUUUAUAUGAGGAAAAUGGUCAAGCGGUACCCUUUGAUGAUACAAGAUGCAAACAGCUUAAUGUUGCAAUGAUGUACUGAAUAUAUUGUACAGUUAUUAAUCUAAAAUAUCAUGGAGUAGAAUUAAGUGGCAGCAAGUUAAAAAAGAUGUGUGAAAUUCAGAGUUUUUAGAAAUAUCAUCAUUACUUCUAUUAUAGAAUUUGUGUUUUAGCUUAUAAAUGGGAAUUUUUCACAUCCCAAUAUAAGCCUGUGAGUGUAAACAUUAAUAAGACUAACUGAAUGAACAAUCUGCCAAUCACAUUAGAAAUGACACCUUCUUAGUUUAUUAUACAAGCCUGGAAUUUUAGUUGCAAAGAAAUCUUUGCUGGACAGAAUGACAGAUACUAGAGGCAUUGUGCCUGACACAGUCUGAGUUUGUGCCUGUCAAUGUGUGUGACAGAUGCCUUAUUUCUAGGCUUGUUAUUAUAUGUAAAUAGCUUAAUAUCAUUAUAUUUAAGAGGUUGUGAUACAUAUAUGUAUAUUUAACAUGCUAAUAAUAUUUAUUUAACAGUGAUUUAUAUUAUCAUUUUAAAAGAUAUAUUUUAAGUGAAUCAAAUGGGUUAAUUAUGUGUGGAAAGCUUUUAAAAACCUUUAUCCUAAUCCUGUAGCUCUGAUUCUCUGUGUUACCUUUUUGCAAAAUGACAAAUUUCACUUAUUGUGGUUGGCAAUAAAUCUGCAAAUUCCACCCUAUCCCUACUAUCACAUCACUAAGGUGACUGAUCUAUGGAUUUCCUGAAAAUAAAUUAUGUAAUUCCUUUAAGAAAAUGUAGCGAUCAUUUCAGGAAAACUGUUUUGGCUAUUUCUUCACAAUUUUGCAUUAAUUUGUAGUCGGAUACAUACAUGUACUGAUGUUUUAUCAACAAAUACCCACUGAAAUCUGGGACUGCUCCUUCAAUAUCAUUUUGGGUAUUAUAAAUGCUAAAUUUUCUCUUAAAGGAGAUGGUCCACCUAUUUAUGUAUUCUAAUAGAUAAUGAAGACAGCUAUUAGAAUCAACCUCUAAAAUCAUUCUAAUGUCAUUAAAUACUGCUUAUGCGGCAUCACUAGAGGAACUAAAACUAGCAUUUGUAAGUUCACAGUGUCACUCGAAGAAUGAGAACUAGGCUACGUCUGCCGAGAAAAGAAACAUGAAGACAGUAAAUUUUGACACACAAAAUAAACAAAUUUGAAAGAUUUAUACUAAAAACAUUAACAUUUUAAGUUUGUGGACACCAUAUUGAGAGAUUCAGUAGUAUUGAUAAUGCAUGGAGGGUUUUGAAGUAGUCAUUUAAUAUUUCAAUCAAAUGUGUCAUUUUGUGAUGAUAAAUAUUUGGUUUAAAGGAGCUAAAUCGCUAAUAUUUGGGACCUAGAAAUUGACACAAGUGGGUCACAACUCAUAUAAUACUGUAAUAUGAAUGUAUAUAAAUUGAUUUACAUUCAAUCGUUUCCGUUUUUACUCUAAUUUCAAAUCAGUUAUGUUCCGUGAAAUAAGCCAGCAGUCUCAAUCGAGUGCAAAUUCCUAGCGUCUGGUUAUUCCAGUCUACAUACGCCGUCUGGUUUGCUGCAAUAUAUCUAGCCUCGUUCCUCUAGUCUCUUGCUAGAACUGGGUCUGAAACGCAUUAUGGUACACGAUUCGUGUACCAAUGGUAAAAUAUUUAUUUUGUCUUAUAUUGGAUAUCAGAAUCCCACCUUUUUCCGGUAAGAUCACAGCAUCAAUGUUGUUUUAAAUUGAGAAAUAAUUCGUGUUUUAAAUGUUGAAGAUUUUGGAUGAUAUUGAGUUAGAGACUUAGCUCCUUUAAAGACUUGCCAUUUGGAGACCCAAAAGAAUGGAUGAUUCAGGUAAUUUGAAGGACUAUGAAUGAGCUAAACCUAUUUGAAUUAGGUCAAAAUAAAGUAUUGAAUUGGAGUGAUCUGAUAUUUUUUUUUUUUGAAUAGUAAGGUGAAAGUUAAGGGUGUAUGGCUCUAUUCUUUGGAACCUUAAUAUAGAAGAAAAUGGUUCUAACAGCACAUAUGAAUGUAUAUAAAGUGUUUUGUAUUCAAUUUUUAAAAAAAAAAUAUUAGAUUUUCUAAUCAAUUAUGAUCGAAGAAAUACAUGAGCAGUUCCAAUUGAAUUUCAGUUGUUUAUGUCUGCCCAGUUCAUUCUACACAUUUUGUUAUUAUUAUUUUGUUGUUUAUGAAUCAUACACUACUAAUUAUUUCCACAUUGUCUUGUAAGAUACGUUUUUUCUUUGUUCAUUACAAAUGGCGCCCAAAACCCACAGAGUACACAACUCAUGUACUGAUUUUGAUAUGUUCGUUGUGUCUUAAAUAUUGGAUAUUAGAAUACCAACAUCAAUAGUGAUUGAAAUGGACAUAUAUUGAAUUCUAAAUUGUGUUUUAAAUUUUGAAUACUAUGAACAAUAUUGUGUUAGAGGUUUGCGAUAUUUAUUUUUUUGUUUUGUUAAGCAGAAGCAGUUUGUUGAUUUAAGUUUAGUUUUGAUAUUUUAACUCAGUUAUAUUUUACAAAAUACACCAAUAUAAAGUCUAGUUAAUUGGACUAGUUUAACUUUGAUCCACAUCAAAGAGGGAGGGACACGUUAAACAGGAUUAGGUAUUAAAAACAUUUUGGGUACAUACAUGUAUAUGUAAUAUAUUGUGACCAAUUGCAACAUUCCAUGUGAGUUAUGAAUCUUAAAAUCAUUAUUCAAGUUAACAUCAGUAAUGAGAUCAAAGUCUUCACUUAUAGAUUGAUGUUCAUCUUGAGUCUUUAGUUGAUUGAGAGCAAGGUUAGAUCCUCAUUCACUUAAUCUAUGCUAAAAUUUACUCAGAUAGAUUAUUUAUCAUUUAAUUAAGAAAAUAAAAUCCAAAUAUCCGAGGUUUUCAAUCAUGAAAACAGACUCAUUGAAAGAUCCAACGAUAAUCAUAAGGUGGCACUGGCUUGUUGUGACCAUAUCGUUGGUAGCCGAUGCCAAAUGUUUACAAUUUUUUUAAUUCUUGUAUCUUUGCAAUGCUAAACAGAAUUGAACCAUAUUUAGACUGAUAAUAGUGUGGUUUACAAGGGAUUGAAAAUUACCAAAUGAUGAUCAGAGACUUUAAUUUUAGCCAGAUAUUAAUGUAAAUAAAUAUAUGAAAUCUUCAGAUUUUUAUAACACUAAUGUAUAUUUUAUUAAAUAUGUGAUAUAUGUAAUAUAUAAUAUUAUCGACUAAUAUAUGGGUUAUUUUGUUAAAUUAUGUUAUAUUUUUAAUAUCAUUUGGAUCUUGUGUCCAUUAAAUCGAUAUUGUAUGAUAUUUAUUGCACAAAGCAAAAUAUUGGGCUUGUAGAACAAUAUUUUGACAAUCUACAAUGUAGUAGCAGCCAGUAUCAAAAGAGAUAAAUACUAAUUUGACUUUUUCCUUUUAGUAAAUUUUAUCUUAGUAAAAUAAAUCAAUUUCCGUAAAUGUAAAGUUUUUCACAUAGUGACUACACGAAUCUUGCACUAACACCUUAAAACUGACUUCCCAUCAAUGUUGUGUCGUGUUAAGAUCCCUGACAUUAGAUUUUUCUUUUCAGAACUGUUUUGAAUUUUAUGUGUAGUUAUUGCUGCUGGUAAUUAUAAGCAUAUGUAUUCAUUAAUUGGAACAGCUAUGGUUUUUUUUAUAUUAUACAAUGGUUGAGGAAGUAUGUGAUCAAUGAUUAUUAGGUUAUAGACUCAAUGGAGUAUGAUAUUCAACUGCCGAGGGCAGAUAAUUUCAUACAAUAUUGUGUCAGAAUGUGUUUCCUUCUUCCUACUUGUCCUUUAAGGCUUUUGUAAUAUUUGAAUACUAUUUUAUGUGUGUAUUUGUUAAAUGUAUUUUUAUAAUGUUAGAAAUUUUAAUCUUUUUAUAAUUAUGUUUCUGUACUUGAUUAAUAUGUUUUUAUAAAAAAAUUGUUUUUUUUUUAGGUUGUAAGUUUUUAUAACAUACAGAGGCUUAUUUUUAAGCAAAAUGUGAAUAGAUUAGAUCCUGCUAAUAUUGUAUAAUUUACCUCUACAUACUUGUAUUUUUGUCCUUUGUCUUUGGAAGAAAGCAGGGGACUUCCAUACCUUGACUUAAGUUUUAAAAAUCCGCAUUUUCGGGUCAGGGUAAGCAGAGCGAUAAGCAAUUUGAUUAUUCGAGACUUUGGAUUUCUAGCUAUACUGUAAGGCAAGUAAUUAAUGCAUAUUUAAAUUAAUGCUAUAUUAACCACAAUAUCUUCUAGAAUAAGUGACUUCUUUUAAUUUUGAAGAGCACAUAAAAUGACUAUAACAGGUCACAUUUCUAUGUAUUACUGAGCGACGUUUCCACUAUAAGCUUCUUUAGUUUUUAUUAAGUAAUGAAGUUAUUAUUGAGCGACGUUUCGACUAGGUUUCACUAACUUUUAUCAAUCUACAUUGAUUAUUUACAAACAAAAUCCACUCCGUACUAACAAUUAUUAUUCGUCCUUGGGAAAUGUAUAAAAUAUUGACUCACUGGUUCCCGAAACUGCCACUUAGGUACUAAUUAGAGUAAACAUGUUAAUUGAACCAUGAUGUCAAUAAACUGGUUACGUUCGUUUGUUCCUAAAGCUUUACGUCCACUUUCACCAUAGGUGAUAUCGUAGACAAACCUGCUAACCGCUUGCACAUAGUGAUAUACUUUGUGUAGCCCUUAUGAUGUCACAUAACCAAUUGGAUUAUGGCUGUAUAUUAGGUCCUGACACAAACAGUUGUAUAUCGAACACUUUUAAUCAGAUUGAUGUGAAAAUGGUGCAAAGUGUAUAUAUAAACAACUUUAUUAUGGUCAUUUUAUGUACUUCUUAACACUAGGUUAUCAUUUACUAGAUAAUAACAUUAUUGUUGUAUUAUCAACGAAAUAUUGUAUUUGGCUAUCAAAUGUACAAUCACUAUUGAUUAUCAUGUUACGUUUUAUGGGGUGUUAUGUUUGACAAUACCAUUUUUUACAGGGUAAAUUAUCCGUACUUUAUUUUAUGUUAGAGAACAAAAAUGUAUAUUCACUGUAUUAAUAUUUUGACCAGAAAUAUUUACUCAACAUUUAUUACUUUUUUUAUCCAGAAAUUAUUGCUUGAAUAUUUAUAAUGCGCCGAGGUGCAUUAAUUUGAUGCCAAAUCACAUUAAUUUCUUGCCAUAUUAGUCCACACUGGCAUUAGCAAUAAUUAAAUGUUACACGUUAUUUUUGCAUUACGGUAUAUAUGUAUAUUCAGUGUAUACAGUAUACCCAGAGAUGGGUAACAGGAAGAUGCUAUUGCUAAAAGCUGUUGUACACAGAUAAUACAACUUUCUGAAUUGAUUUAGACGUCUAUCUAGAUUGAAGAUAUCUAACAUACCAAACGCUAAUUAUUGUUAAUUAUUGUGCAUAAGGUAAGCCCAAUAUUUGGUAGCUUUACAGUAUUAUAGCAUUCUUUCCACUCUUCUGGUGCGACUUUCUUCCUGAAUAUCACCUUGCCUCAAGAUUGAUAGAAACCCACUCAUGGAAAUUUGUUGGGUGUUUUCAUCCGUGUCUAGUAGAGGGUUAUGGUAGGCAGUUGCUCUUCCUGACAACUAUUGCAUUCUGACAACAAAUCAUUUCCCUUGCAAAGUUCAAUACCCUUGUUGCCAGGCAGUGUGUCUUUUAAUUAAACCACGCGCAUGUCAUUUCUAGCCCCUUU